UCUUUGUGUCUUUGGUUUGCGGACCGCUGAGAUAUGUAUCCUCGCAUAAAUGUAGAUUCUUCUGCACCGAAUCCUCAACACACACACCCUCUUUCCGGAUUUCUUUCCCCUUCUCCGUAAGCUCGAAUUGGAGUUUCCAACUUCUGCAAGUAAUUGGCCGUUGUGCCAAGUGGUUGUCUCCGUCCAGGAUUUCUCCUGUUCUUUGCACUGCUUGGUGGGCGAGAAGGGAGCAAUGGAAGGAGGAGAGACGUUCCCAGUCUUGGGAAAUGGCAGCCAAGGGGACUACAAGGUGAUGCAGACCUUCCACAAGAGCUUUGGGCAAGUGCAGAGCCGGUUGGACCAGAACAGGAAACUGAUCAACGAGAUCAACCAGAACCAGGCGUCGAGGAUCCCCGGACGCCUCAACCGCAACGUCCGCCUCAUCGGGGAGCUCAACAGCAAUAUCCGCCGAGUCGUCGACGUGGACGUCGAGCUCCCCCUCUCCUUCACCGGGUCUAUGGAGGCAUCACCUGAAGCUGAAGCUGCUUCCCAAGGGAAGCCUGGUUACGAGAGAGUCAUAAUAUAUCGAACACAAUUUCUACGUCGGUUGAUAUAUCUGCUAAGAUCGACAGACCAAAUCUCUUAUUGCAUUCCUAGAUUAGGACAGAAAUUUACAACACGAUGUGUAAGGCAAUAAUUAACAGAAAUUUAAAU